GUUGGGAGCCGCUAGCCGCCGUGCUAACUCGCGUUGAUUACUCCGUUGUAGCCGGCUAGCCGACAAGGCUAAUCGUGUAUUUUUUAUAAACUUUUACGGUUAGCGCUCGGCUAAGUCGCCCGCUGCCAUGCUAGUCGGCUACAGCAGCAGCUCGGAGGAAGAAGAGGAGGAGGAGGAGGAGGAGAACGACAGGAGGAAGAGAGAGGGAAAGAGGGACAGUUGUCAUAGCGACGAGCCCGAACCGGUUUGCAAGAAGCACAGACGAGUCCCCGGACCGGGGGAUGGCCCCGCCCCCAACCCGGCACCGCGCCCAACCCCGGCCCGGCCCCGCCUGCCGCUGCCGGACGUGUUCAGGGUCCCAGACGGGCCCGAACCCGACGACCCGUCGGCGCACGGCGGGCGGGUGCGGUCCUUCCCGCACGAGAGGGGGAACUGGGCCACGCACGUCUACGUGCCAUACGCGCCGGAGGAGGGCCUCCUGGACCUGCUGGGGGAGGCGCUGGCGGGCCGCGACCCCGCGCUGACCCGGACGGCGGAGGGGGAGGAGCUCCACGUCUCGCUGUCGCAGACGGUGCCGCUGCGCCACCACUGGAUCCGGCGCUUCGUGGGGUCGCUGCGGGCGGGGCUGCGGGCGUGCCGGAGGUCGGUGUGUGUGGCUGACAGGCUGCAGGUUUACACCAAUCAGGAGCGGACCAGGACGUUCCUGGGGGCGGAGGUGACGGCCGGCCACGCCCACCUCCUGGAGUUAGCGCGGGCGGUGGACCGGACCAUGGAGGAGUUCGACCUGGCCACCUUCUACGAGAAUCCCUCGUUCCACGUCAGUCUGGCCUGGUGCGUCGGGGACAAAGAGGAGCUGCUGCGGAGCGGCUGCCUGCAGGAGGUGCAGGCCCUCCUGGACUCCCACUUCUUCCCCCUCUCCCUGGACUGCGGGGAAAUCCGCUGCCGGUCCGGCAACAAGGUCUUCUCCUUCCCGCUGCGCUAACGCUAACGCUAAGGAGAGGGGGAUUCGACCCC